AUGAGUAAUUUGUCUUCUUCUUCUUCGAAUAAUGGUAACGAAUUCUACGAAUUUGGGGAAAGGUUUCCCAUUAUACAUUGUAAAUGUGGUCACCAAUUGAAGAUUCGAACUUCAUGGACGAACGAGAACCCAGGUCGUAGAUUUUGGCUAUGCUCUGCUGGUAUUAGUCGGCUUGGUUGUGGAUUUGUGGAUUGGUAUGAUCCCCCAAUGUGUUCCCGUUCGAAGCGAAUAAUUCCGGGAUUGCUUAAACGCAUAAAUAGACAAGAUGAAGAAAUAAGGGUGUUGAAUAUGAAGCUUCAAGGACAAGAUGAAGAAAUAAGGGUGUUGAAUAUGAAGCUUCAAGGUGAAAAGCAGCAGGAGAAGGGCAAAGUGUUUAACAAGAUUGUAGGAAUAUUGGUUGUAAUCUUUGUAGGUUUUGUUGCUAGUAUAUGUUUUGCUUGA